CCACAGGCUGUGGUUGGGGGGGUGGAGGGAGGGAACGUAUUUAAAUAUCUAUCCUGGAUAGGGUAGACUUUUAAAAGGGCAGGUGCCCCAAAGAGAAGAGAUUUAAAGGUGCAGAUGCCUAGGAUAGAGGAGACCCUUGAGAAGACCGGGUCUGCAAACAGAAGACAUUUAAAGGGGUAGGUGCUCGGGAAGACAAGACAUUUAAGAAGACUGGAACCAGGCUUAGAGGACAUAUUUAAAGGAGGAUGGCCUGGGGUUUGAGAACUCGUUUAUUAAAGUGGCAGGGAUAAAGAAGUCGCUUGUCAAGGGCCCUGGUGGUGCAGUGGUUAAGCGCUCGGCUGCUAACCAAAAAGUUGGCGGAUCGAACCCACCAGCCGCUCCGCAGGGAGACAGAUGUGGCAGUCUGCUUCGUAAAGAUUACAGCCUUGGAAACCCUAUUGGGGCAGUUCUACUCUGCCCUCUAGGGUCGCUGUGAGUCAGUAUUGACUUGAGGGCAAGGGGUUUGGUUUUGGGGGGUUUUGUCAAGGGCGUGGUUAGAGAAGACUCAAAGGAACGUGCACACCAGCUCUCCCCCGUUGUUUUUUCUGGCUCCUCCAGGUUCCCUUGACCCAGGACCCCCGUUCCCAGGCUAUGGCCCCUAGUGCCCUGUAGACCUGGCGGGACCCCAGUGCUUACGACCCCUGUUUCGGGGUCUGGGUGGCUACUGGAGGGCCUUGCAGAGGGGCAGAGGAGGCAGGACCAUGGCAUCUAGGGCCUCUGAAUCUCCCCUUGGGCGCAGCGUGACGGCGGGCAUCAUCAUUGUUGGAGAUGAGAUUCUCAAGGGACACACUCAGGACACCAACACCUACUUUCUUUGCCGGACGCUACGCUCCCUGGGGGUCCAGGUGUGCCGAGUCUCUGUUAUACCUGAUGAGGUAGCCACCAUUGCAGCUGAGGUCACCUCUUUCUCCAGCCGAUUCACCCACGUCCUCACAGCAGGGGGUAUCGGCCCCACUCAUGAUGACGUGACCUUUGAGGCAGUGGCACAGGCCUUUGGGGAUGAACUCAAGCCACACCCUGAGCUGGAAGCCACCAUCAAAGCCCUAGGAGGGGAAGGCUGGGAGAAGAUGUCCCUGGUGCCCUCGUCUGCCCGCCUGCACUACGGUACAGAUCCUCACACUGGGCAGCCCUUCAAGUUCCCGCUGGUCUCCGUCCAAAACGUCUACCUCUUCCCAGGCAUUCCGGAGCUGCUGCGGCGAGCACUGGAGGGGCUGAAGGGACUGUUCCAAAACACAGCUGUUCAGUUCCACUUGCGGGAACUGUAUGUGGCUGCCAAUGAGGCCUCUAUCGCCCCCAUCCUGGCGGAGGCCCAGGCCCACUUUGGACACAGGCUUGGCCUGGGUUCCUACCCUGACUGGAGCAGCAACUACUAUCAGGUGAAAGUGACCCUGGACUCAGAGGAAGAAGAGUCCCUGGAGGAAGGUCUGGCCUACCUGACUGCUCGUCUGCCCCAGGGGUCACUGGUCCCCUAUGUGCCCAACGCUGUCGAGCAGGCGAGCAAGGCGGUGUACAAACUCACUGAAUCAGGGUCUUCUCUGGGGCAAAAGGUGGCAGGCGCCCUGCAGACCAUUGAGACGGCCCUGGCUCGGUACAGCAUCGCCCAGCUCUGUGUGGGCUUCAACGGGGGCAAGGACUGCACCGCCCUCCUGCACCUCUUCCAUGCAGCUGUGCAGAGGAAAUGCCCUGCUGCCCCAGAACCCCUGCAGAUCCUGUAUAUCCGCAGCAUCUCCCCUUUCCCUGAGCUGGAGCAGUUUCUACAGGACACCAUCAAGAGGUAUAAUCUGCAGGUGCUGGAGGCUCAGGGUGACAUGAAGCAGGCCCUGGGGGAGCUGCAUACACGGCACCCUCAGCUGGAGGCUGUCCUGAUGGGCACCCGCCGCACUGACCCCUACUCCUGCAGCCUCUGCCCCUUCAGCCCCACCGACCCAGGCUGGCCUUCGUUCAUGCGCAUCAACCCACUGCUGGACUGGACCUACAGAGACAUCUGGGACUUUCUGCGCCAGCUGUUUGUCCCAUACUGUAUCCUUUACACGUCACUGGGGAGCCGGGAGAACACAGUGCAAAACCCGGCCCUGAAGUACCUGAGCCCAGGAGGACACCCCACCUACCGCCCAGCCUACCAACUGGAAAAUGAGGAUGAGGAGCGGAACUCCCGAAUGUGACCUCCCAACCGUGCCCACUUCAGGAGGGAGGGAAGGUGGCUGAUCUGGGAUGUAACCUCCCAAUAAACCGUGCCUCUCACU